AUGGCGACGGCAACAGCAGACCAGGAACCAUUAUCUGACCCUUCGGCCGAAUCCUCCGAGCCCGCCGAGGUCCUUGCGGCCACCCCCUACUCGCUAACACGGGCCGUCCACGCACGCCGCCCCGAAUAUGUCGGUCGACACAGGACACGAGUGAAGAUUGGUACCUGGAACGUCGCCGCAUGCCCUGGGACGGAUAAGGACUUGGCACGGUGGUUUGUCGAGGGUCAGGGCGUUGAGGACGAGUCAGAGACACUCAACCACCCCCCUAGGCCAGACGCGAGCUCCCAGCAAGAGACUGGUGACAUGAAUGGAAUCGGCCUCUACGUUCUUGGCCUGCAGGAGAUUGUUGAUCUCAACUUGACAAAGGAGUACAUGACUCGAGCCGUCUACGCAGACAACAGUGCCACAGUGAAGUGGCAAGCCGCUCUGGAAGCCGCCAUGCCGACCGGCUACGAGCUUGUCGUUGCCGAGCAAAUGUUUGGGCUCCUGCUUCUCGUUUACGCCAGCGCGGAUAUCGCUCCUACAAUCAGUAGUGUCAGCACUAAACAGGUUGGUACCGGUGUGGGAGGCUGGUUUGCCAACAAGGGUGCCGUGUCGACAAGGCUCGUUCUGGGGGAAACGACAAGUCUGGUCCUGGUCAACUGCCACCUGACUAGUGGAGCAACAGCUGCCAAUCUUGAUCGUCGUUGCUUCGAUGCCAAGCAGAUUAUGUCGAGGACAGAGUUCGACCCCAUUGUGCAAGCUGGCGUCGAAGAGGACUUCGGCCGGGCCAUUGACGACGCCGAUUUUGCAUUCUGGUUUGGCGACCUCAACUUCCGGCUCGACGGACUUCCUGGAGACGAUAUUCGUCGACUGCUGAUGCUCCAUGCGCGCGGUGAAUACGGGCCGGGAGACUCGAAUCUGUCACAUCCUGAAGGAGACGUAGCUAUUGUCAUGCAGGACGCAAGCGAGAGUGGAGACGAUACCACCACGACAGGAUCAUCCUUACACUCAAAAAAACCCAGUGUCGACUCCGUGUCACUUCCAGAUCCCGACGACUUUCCCGAGGACCCAAGUCAGGACCCGACCUCUCUCCAGGCGACACUCGACUCCCUAAUACCUCACGACCAGCUGAAGCGCGUCGUCAAGGAUCGCAAGGUUUUUCACGAUGGGUGGAAAGAAGGAGCCAUUACUUUUCUACCAACUUACAAAUAUGACGUGGGGACUGUCGGGUUGUUUGACUCGAGCGAGAAACAGCGGGCUCCAAGCUGGUGUGACCGUGUUCUGUACCGGACACGCAAGGACAAGGAUGAAUACGAGAAAAAAGCCCGGGAAGAGGAAGAGACCAAGAGAAAAGACGACGAAAUGCGGUCUCGUGGACUCGAAGAAGACGAUGAUGUUCUCUUCACGUACGAUCCGGAAGCGGAUAGCGUUUUCCAACAGUCAAAAUCAACAUCCGAUUUCGAGUACACCGAGUACGACGAGUACGACGAGAACGAGGAUCCAGAGUCUGAAGAUCUCACGGUGCAUGGUAGCUCGCUCGAUCGCAUCAGUGUCGACCUCUACAGAUCGCAUCAGAACAUCACAUCGUCAGAUCACAAACCCGUUGUGUCCAUGUUCACACUCGAUUAUGACGCCGUGAUUCCUGAGCUCAAGUCUAGGGUGUACGCCGAGGUCGCGCGGGAGUUAGAUCGCGUUGAGAAUGAAGGCAGGCCUGGAGUCACGGUCAUUACCGACGAUGGCAAGAACUCUGAUGAAACCGCCAUUGAUUUCGGCGAUAUUCAAUUCCUCGAGAAAAAAAAUCGAAACCUCACAAUUGCCAAUACGGGGGGCGUCCCGGCAAAGCUUGCCUUUAUAGCCAAACCCAGCCGAGUCGACAGCGAUGACGACGAUGCCAGCGGCCGCGAAUGGCUGUCAGUAGUGUUCUCAUCACCUGAGCACUCGGAUGGUGAGGGGAAUGUCCUGUCGAAAGUAGUAACACUAGAGCCCGGCGAGACGGUAUCGGCAAGGGUCACGGCUCGCGUUUCCUCGAUCCCACUAGUGCGUGCUUUGAACGACAAAACGGCCAACAUUGACGAUGUCCUUGUUCUCAGGGUGGAGGAUGGCCGUGACUACUUCAUCCCAGUGCGCGGCACAUGGCAGCCAUCAUGUUUUGGGCGGUCAAUGGACGAGUUGAUCCGCAUCCCCGAUGGCGGUAUCCGCAAAUUCCUCACCGAAAAAGGAAUCGAGGGCUCCAUCCCUUACGACAUGGACCAAAAGAUGUCAGCUCCCCAGGAGCUGUUUAAGAUCACAACGGCCAUGGAAGACAUGGUUGAGCGGAGUAUUGCCGACGAGACCAUGCUGGGGGAUAUUGUGAUCCCCCAGGCGACGGGAUGGCCACUGGAUGCCUCCACAUGGACGCUCUCACAGGAGGAGCAGGAGGCGCACAGUGCAGCUGUAGCUGUAGCGCUUGACACGGCGAAGCCCCUCCUAGGGUCACUGCCACUUGAGCUGCCAGCACUGCGUAAGCUUGAGAUUCUCUCAUCUGUACUUGUCCUCUUCCUUUCAUCUCUUACGGACGGCAUCAUCCCCCGCACCCUGUGGUUCAAGCUCAACAACUCUCUACCGCAGAACCUGACAGCUGUGAACGACGGAAGGUUACUGGUACUUGACGUGCUAUCAGAAAGCCCGAGCCACAACAUCAGUCUCGUCUUCCUCACUACGGCCCUGGCUCGCAUCGCCGCCGAACUCACACCCACGAUGCCUGUCCCCCAGAAGAGGCUGAGCUUCCGAAGAGGUAACGCCACACAAUUGGCAGAGCAGGAUGCAGCUCAGAGGCGUAGGGCAAAGGAGCGUCGUUUUGCAGAGCUGGUGGCGCCGGCGGUCUGCCGCUCUGGCGCAGGCGAGAGAGACAAAGCUUCGCGCGAGAAGGAAAGGGCUGUGCUUGAAGUGUGCCUGAGGCUGGACGAUGGCUAG